AUGGGUAAGGCAAUAUCGGUCGAUAACAAGUUGCCGCCUGUGAAAGCUACUCGCUAUGUGGACGAUUCCUCAGUGUUGUCUUUCCGGCACAUCCCGACCGCCGACCUGGCCGAAGAGCUAUAUGCGCGGUCCUAUAGCGAAGAAGAAUUUGAACCUGUGCUCGCCGCUAGGAUUGUGCCUGCACAAUAUAAUCCCGGAACCAGAGUCGAGUUCGAGUUGGAUGAUGAUGAGAGGACAGGAACAGUUGAGUCGGGCGCGCCGUUAGGCUAUUCUAGGAUUGAUGUUGAUGGGAAUUGGUUCGACAGCGUGCUUCCGAACAAAUACAAGAAUAAGCAUAAGAACGAACAUGCAAGACGCGUGAGCAUGAAGAACGUUGACAAACCUCGUGCGUGUGCGUAUCAAACCAAGCCAAGAACAACGGUAACCCUCAGGGCGCCCUUGCUCCCCUCCUCCCCCGCCCCCUCCCUCGAACAACUGCUCUUCCACCCCCAACUCUGGGCAACACCAAACUUAUCCGGUGCGCUGCUAAACCUCGUCAGCCGUGCGGAUACUCGAGCAGCACGUGACGGCGAAGACGUCGGUGCUGCGGUGGGCGUGGUGGGUGAAGCGGGGGGGAAGACGAACACCGCUGUGGGAGACUGGUUCCCGCUUGGGGUCGUUUGGCCUGGCGUGGAGGGAGUGGGACUCUCAGACCGGCUCAAGGCACUUGCGCUCGCGCUUGUCCCUACUCUACUAGCCUAG